CCUGUUUUUUGGUCACUCCAUUUGGUUCUCCGCCUAUAAAUUUCCUCGCACAGAAACAGGGUCUUUCUCUUUCCUCUCUAUUGCCGUUUCCGAGCUUCUCCAAGUUACUGCUGACGAAGAAUAUGCGAGAACAGCAGUCCAAGUCAACCCAACAACGGCAUGAACGUAUUCUCAACGAGCUUGCGAGAAUACCGGGCAACGAUCAGUGUGCCGAUUGCAAGACCAAAAAUCCACGAUGGGCAUCCUACUCACUCGGCAUCUUUCUUUGUAUCCGAUGUGCCAGUCUUCAUCGGAAAAUGGGCACACACAUCUCAAAAGUAAAAUCCAUUUCGAUGGACCGUUGGAGCGCAGACCAGAUAGAGACCAUGCGACAAUCGGGAGGUAAUGCGACAGUGAACAGCUUGAUCAAUCCUCACCCGGAACGACACCCGUUGCCAUUGGCUCUUGAUGACGAUUUUGCGAUGGAGCGUUACAUACGGUCAAAGUGGGAGAAACGAUCAUUUGCAGAUCAUCCAGAAACCCUAAAAACGGAACCUACGCGAUCCGCUUCGGCUCCAUUGGUGGGGCACGCCACAGCGCCUGCAAAAGCCCGUUCCUCACCACUUAGCCACAGUCAUACCAUGCCAGUCGUACCCAAUGUGGUCCUGCAACAAGACGUGGUGUCGAUGCCUCCAACAACUGCGCAUGCUUUUCCUCCCGAAAAAAUGGAGACGACCUUCGCUGGACGAAGUUCGCCUUUGACCAAUAACAGCUUCUUGCCCACCUAUGCCCAGACACCCAGUAUUCCUUCAACGACUACCAAUCCUUUUCUUGCCUCAUCGAUGCCACCUUCUCGAUCUAUUAAUCCAUUUACUGCUACUUAUACUGCCUCACCAGGGCCUAUGCAUGCAUCAUUGGAUGAGUACUUUGGCCAAUCAUCGCCUGUUCUACUAUCUAGUACGCCAAGCACGAAUCCUUUCAAGUCAAGCUCGUCUCUUGGCUCUUCGUUCACGGAAAAUUCGGUCUCAUUUUCAGGCUUGGAUCCUAACAUGACUAUGAAUAGCCCUUUCGCGAAUCCUUCUAUCAUGACGAACCACCACUAUCCCUCAGCCACUUACCAGCCGUCCUCCCCCAUGAACACAUUCAACAUGAGCCAAACCAAUCCAUGGAAUGCAAACAGAGAUAAACUGUUCCAAAGACAAUAAAAGAAAUAUGCCUUUUAUGGUAAAAGCCAAGAAGGAAAAAAAAAAUCGGAGCAGCAAUAAAAGGGA